AUGACCGACGAGAAGCCAGAGGCCAUUCAGCAGAAUGGCAACGGGGACCUUGAACAUGCUGCCACCCACGCAACGUAUCUGGAGAAAGAUGAGAUCGCGAAUCUGUCCGAAGAGCAUCGCCAGUAUCUGCUCCUGAGGCAUGGGACGCUCGAACUCGAUCCCGUCCCGACAAUGAGCGAGGCGGAUCCAUACAACUGGCCAGCCUGGAAGAAAACCUCGAACAUCAUCCUCGUAGCCUUCCACGCCUGCAUGUCGACCUUCAUCGCAGCGGCCAUUAUUCCAGCCUACGAGGACAUCGCCAUGGAUCUCAAAGUCGAUAUCCAGCACGCCUCCUAUCUCACCUCCCUUCAGAUCGCCAUUAUUGGAGGCGGUCCUUUGUUCUGGCGCCCUUUGUCCACGCGGUACGGUCGCCGCCCUAUCUUCAUUAUCUCCUUGAUCGGCGCAGCGCUGUUCAACAUCGCCUGCGCGAAGACGAACUCGUAUGGCUCCAUGGCAACGUGCCGCGCCUUUGCCGCCUUCUUCAUCUGCCCUGCUUCUGCGAUUGGGAGUGCGGUUGUUGUAGAGACGUUCUUUAAGAAGGAUCGCGCGAGAUUCAUGGGCAUUUGGACGCUGAUGAUUACGCUUGGUGUGCCGCUUGCGCCGUUCAUCUUUGGCUUUGUGGCAUAUAACAUCGGAUAUCGAUGGAUCUACUGGAUCCUGGCAAUGAUAAAUGGCGGCCAACUAGUCCUCUACCUCUUCCUCGGCCCCGAAACACGCUUCAUCCGCCACCAUGUCCACCCGCACAAGCUCCCCAGCUUCAGAGAAGCAUACUUCAAGUUCCGCCGCAUCGACACCACGCCAUUCACAGCCCUCGAAUUCAUAUCGCCUCUGCGCAUGUGCAAGUACCCAUGCGUCAUGAUCCCGGCCUGCGCCUACUCAAUGGUCUUCCUCUUCGGCUCUGUUCUCAUCACUGUCGAGAUCCCGCAGCUGUUCGCGGAGAAAUUUCACUUCAAUGCCCAGCAGCUGGGCCUGCAGUUCCUGGGUAUCAUCAUCGGAUCGGUGAUCGGAGAGCAGAUCGGCGGGCACGCUAGUGAUCUUUGGAUGCGCCAGCGCGCGAAGAAGAUGGCUGCGGGGAGGCCGGCGGCGGAGUACAGACUUUGGCUGAGUUAUUUGGGGUACGCAUGCACAAUCUGCGGUGUCGUCGUCUUCCUCGUGCGCAUCCAGCAAGCGCCUGAGGGCAAGUGGAACGUCACCCCGGUGGUCGGCGCUGGGAUCGCCGCUGCCGGAAACCAGAUCGUCACGACUGUCCUUAUCACGUAUGCCGUGGACUGCUACCACGAAGAGGCUGCUAGUAUCGGAGUAUUUAUCACGUUUGUGAGGCAGAUUUGGGGCUUCAUUGGACCGUUCUGGUUCCCGUCUAUGUUCACCAACGUCGGUAUUGCAAAUAGCGCUGGGGUGUGCGUUGCGCUGCUGGUUGGCGUGAGCGUGAUUCCGACACUCGCGCUGCAGUUGAAGGGUCAGGCGUUGAGGGGGAGUACUACUAUGACGGCGAGGAUUUAG